AGUAAAGGCAAAAGAGGAAGAGGAAGAUACGAAGAAGAAGAAGAGGAAGGAUCAAGAGGAAAGAGCGCCUCGUCGAAAACGGCGCUCUUGUUACGGUGGCGAUAGGAGGGAGUUAUGGUGGCUCGCACAUGCAAUGACUGUGGCCGCAGCCGUGGCACUGUGGCAUCGUGCCAACCUCUACAAGGCGAUGGCCUGCGUCGUCCUCGCGCUCAUUGCCGUUCAGUAUCUUCUAAGCGGGGUACUGGAUCGUCGAUCCAUCGAGACCAUAUUCACCAUUAACGCUACGAGAUACGCCGAUCGGACAUACAGGAACCAUCCUCGUGGAUUGAUCAUAUACGGUCCGGCGACCGUGUCUAGCAUUUUCAGAGGCAGCAACAACAACAACAACAACAACAACAACAACAAUGUCUCUUCGAAAAUGUUCCUAUCAAGCGGCAAAGGGGAUAAUGGUGGAAGUGGUCUCGCAAACAUUACCAAACCCGAAGCUGGAGUAUUUCCGACGAGCAACGUCGUUGGGUUGCCUCCUGGAAGCCCUCAAUAUGCCUCGAAUGCCACGAAUAACGCGACGAUUCAACAAUGUCCGCUUGUAUCUCCGAAUCUCGUUGGUCCAGUGGCCGUUAGUAAAAUUCCACCAGAGAUAUCGGUCAUAGAAAAAACGUUCACCGAGGUGAAUCCAGGUGGAAGAGGAUGUCCAACGAAUUGCGUAGCGAGAGAUCGCGUAGCCAUAAUCAUUCCGUUCCGUGAUCGCCCACAGCAUCUGCAGGCAUUACUCUUCAACGUGCAUCCGAUUCUCUUACGUCAGCAAAUCGAUUAUCAGAUCUUUGUGGUCGAGCAGGAAGGCACCGGAGCGUUUAAUCGAGCGAUGCUGAUGAACGUCGGUUACGUAGAGGCCUUGAAGGAGAGGACGUUCGAUUGCUUCAUUUUCCACGAUGUCGAUUUACUUCCGGAAGACGAUAGAAAUCUGUACACCUGCCCGGAACAACCCAGGCACAUGUCCGUCGCCGUUGAUAAGUUCAGAUACAAGCUCCCGUAUGCCGAUCUUUUCGGUGGCGUUUCGGCUAUGUCCCGAGAACAUUUUAAACUGGUGAACGGCUUCAGCAACGUCUUUUGGGGUUGGGGUGGCGAGGACGACGACAUGGCAAAUCGUAUAAAGGCUCAUGGUUUGCAUAUAUCUCGUUAUCCUGCUAACGUAGCUCGCUACAAGAUGCUAACGCACAAGAAGGAGAAGGCUAAUCCAAAGAGGUACGAGUUCCUGAGAACAGGGAAGAAGAGAUUCGCGACGGAUGGUCUAAGCAAUCUUCAAUACAAGCUGAUCGAUAAACAAAAGCCGAAAUUGUAUACGUGGCUUUUGGUACGACUGACACCACCGCAGCCUAGCUGAUGGCUACCAUGGAUCGGUUGAAGGCUACGGGAACUUCUUCUCACGGCCUUCCAAAAUGAUAUAUACAGAGUCCGCUUUCUUUUUCAGAACGUUCCUUCCUUCUAUUUUAUGACAAAGGUCCGAUAAAACUCGCACAGUGAGAGACGAAGUAUCCGUGAAGCGUGCGUUCUGUUGUAUUCUUUUUUUUUCUCUUAUUUCUUUUUUUUUCUCUUUUCUUUCUUUUUUUUUUUUUUUUUCUUUUGAACGUUCUCUAAAGAAAAAGAGAGAGAAUGAACAAGAUGAAGAAGAGAGCGAAGACUUCGAUCGGUAUGUUUCGUAAUACGAAAACGAACUUCCGCACUGUUGUUGUUGUUGUUUUCGAUUGUAUCCGGCGUGCGCGUUUAGAUAACUCGCGUCUAUUACUAUUGGUUUCCCUUAUAAAUCGUAGCACCGUGAGGGGUGGCGACGAAGGGGAAACGUCAUUGCGUGAUAUAUUUUUAUUCCUCAUAUUUUUUUAUUGCAACGAUAGGAUAGCGAGUGCGAUUAAAGAUGUAACGAAAGAGGUGACGUGCCAAAGGAGAGAGUGAAAGUGAAUCUAAGAAAGAAGAAUGAGUAUCGAGGAAGAGAGAGAGAGAGAGAGAGAGAGAGAGAGAGAGAGAGAGAGAGAGAGAGAGAGAGUGUGUGUGCAUGAAAUUUUUAUUAAAGAGUGUUUGAACGACGGUGAUUCGGUCGGACAAAAAAUUUCUUAGAAUUAAAUAAAGCAAGAAGUCGUUCACGUUAUCUCUGGACCUCAUUCCGAAUCUUCCUCAUUAGAUUGAAAAAACAAGACAAAAAUAAAGAAAAAAAAAAGAAAACAAGAAAAUAACAAAAGAUAAUAACACACACACACAUACACAAAGACAAGAACACACAAAAAAGAAGAAACAACUUUUUCCAGCCGCGGAACGUUGUCUGUCUACUUAAUUAAGCUAUACGUUUAAAUAACUUUAGGAUACGCUUGGAAAAAGAAUUUACUUAGCUUAUAAUUAAUCGUUAUAUUAUUAUAUAUAUAUAUAUACACAGACACACACACUUCUAUUUUGUUAUAUAAAAAAAUUUUGUAAACUCGCGAAUGCAGUGUCCACCGAUACCGUGGACGUUCGGUUUACGUCGUGUCGCUCGUUUGCACGAGAUAUCAAUGAAAUAUAAUAUCAAAUGAGAUUAAAAAAUAAAAAGAGAUAGAGGAUAGAGAAGAAUAGAAAGAAAGAAAAUAAUGAAAAGAAAUGAAGAAAAGCUUCCUUUUGGAUCAUCGACGCUUCCAUUUUCCAUGAUUCACACGCAACGCGAUCGAGAGGCAAAAAUUCAUCGCGUGAAUUUACAAGUAAUAUAUACGUACGUAUAUAUUAUAAGAUAUAAUAGCAAACGCGUAAAUAUAAUUAUGAAG